AUGGAGGCCGCACUUCAAAUGCUGCUGGAGACGAUAGAGCGCCUCGACAUAGCUUCGGCAGUGUACUGCGCGGCGAGGGGACACGCCGAGUCAGCUAGCUACCGAGCAGCGAGGGGCGUGGCGAUCCCAAUCAUCGGCGUUGGAAGAGGGCUGCUGCGCUCGUUUGGGCAACCGGACAUACCGGCGCAAGAGGAGCCAGAGGUCGAGGUGGUCGACGUCGCGAAGAAGGACGAUGCCGACGGCGGUGACGCGGGAAUGAACCAGGGCGAGUACGACUCAAAGGGACACGACGGGAAGGCCGCCAGGAAAGAAAACGUUUUGGCUGCAACAGAGGGGGGAGACACCACCGACGAGGCCAAACCGGCCUUGGUGAUGCUGGCCGACGACAACGUCGACUUGAACACGGGCCUGGCCGCGACGAUGCAGGAGGACCUAGCCGCAGCGACGUCGAGUGUGUCGACGUCGACACCUGUCACUGCUUCCGACUCGAGCCCGGACGGCAGACCAGACCAAGGCUCUCGUCAAGACACGGCGCCUCCGGUCGGUCAAGAAAUGGUGCUGAAUUACGAUCCAGAGAACAACAUCAAGGACGGCGGUGACGCGGAGGACGACCAGGCCGCCUCGACGAAGAACGAGGGUACAGAUACGUCGGCACCAGCCGAAGAUGCCGGCGGUGACACAAUGGCCACAAAAAUGGCUGCAGCUGUUUUGGAGGCCAAGAAGGAUGCCGCUGAAACCGGCAAUGCCACGACCAAGAGGACCGCGGCGCCAGCGACAGGAGCUGCCGGCGCGUCUACUAAUGCGAUGCUCAACGCAGCAGCGGACGAGGAGCCCGUGCGCAACCUCUGGGGCAGUGGGAUGGCCAAAGCCAAGCAAGCAGCCGACGUGAAGGCGCUGUUUAGCAAGCGCGUUAAGGUGGUGUCCGCCAAGUUCGGCACUAUCGACAACGCACCCAGUUUCGGCUUCCGAACAGUGAGCACCGCCGAGGAAGCGGACAACUACAUUCAGCGCUGGCACCGCACCGAAGUGAGCGUACAAAUGCUCUUCGUCGAGCGCACAAAGCACGAGACCAGUGGUGCCCUGCUCGAGCCACAGCCUAAGACCGAAACCGGAGCUGCUGCGUGGGACACCGCCAACACCGAGGACGUCGUCAAGAAAUGCGGUGAGGCGACGCCUUCUUUGGAGAGGGGGAAUGUGUGGGGAACCCUCGAUAAUCAACAGAUCACCGCCCUCGCCUACGUCAGCACCGGCGGUGACAAGGCACAGCAGCGAGGGCCACUACGCGUGCGCCCGGAUGCAGACCACCUUCAUAAGCGGGCACGGAGAGCUGUCAAGGGGGAGUGCUCGGCGAACUUGCUUGAGGUGUGCGUGUGUGCGCGGCGUGCGGUCCGCCGCGGCCAAGGUUAG